AGAUUGACAAAUCAAGUUUGAUUAAUAUGUGGAUGGCACAGGGGUUCAUCACAUUGUAUGAUGAAAAACAAUGUCCGGAAGAUGUUGGUCAUGAGUAUUUUAUGGAUUUGCUUUGGAGAUCAUUCUUUCAAGAAGUUAAAAAAGAUGAAUUUGGCAAUAUUUCAAAAUUCAAAAUACAUGAUCUCAUGCAUGAUAUAGCAAUACAAGUAACGGGAUCAGAGAGCACCACCAUUUAUUCAAAAGAGAAAGUCAUUGACGAGAAAACUCGUCAUGUGUCAUUUGGGGAUGAAUUGUACUCAUCAUCGGAAAUUCCGAUCUCAUUAUGUAAAGCAAGAAGGAUAAGAACAUUUCUUUUGCCAUGUCAACCAAAGUAUAAAACCAUAAGAUCAAAUGAUUCAAUUUCUAGUGAAUUUAUUGCAAGUUUUAAGUUCAUGUGCUUGUUGGAUUUGCAUAACAUGGGGAUUAAAACAAUUCCAAGUUCUAUAAAAAAGUUGAAGCAUCUAAGAUAUCUCGAUCUUUCUAUGAAUGAAGGCAUUGAGAUGCUUCCUAAUUUUAUUGUCAAGUUGUACAAUUUGCAGACACUUAAACUUUCUAUGUGUAAAAACCUUAAAGAAUUGCCAAAUGAUAUUAACAAAUUAAUCAACCUCAGGUUUCUUGAGAUUGAUGGUUGUUCGGGUUUAACUCAUAUGCCAAAUGGACUGGGCCAAUUGACUGAUCUACAGACAUUGUCAAGAUUUGUGAUGAGUAAAGGUAGGAUUGAUUCAGUGCCUAAAAGUAACGGUGGAUUGAAGGAACUUGAGAGACUAAAUGAGCUAAGAGGAAAUCUGUCAAUUGUAAAUCUCAAACAAACAAAAGAUGCCACAUUAGAGUUUAAGGCUGCAAAUUUGAAAGAGAAACAAAGGCUUGAUAGGUUGGACUUAAAUUGGGUAGAAGAAGACACUGAUGAGACGGGUGUUGUUUGUGACGUGUCAGCAGUGGAAGCCUUGCAACCGCAUAUAAAUCUCAAAGCAUUGAGAUUAAAUAGGUACGGGGGAGUGAUAUUUCCACAUUGGCUUGUGAUGCUCACAAAUCUUGUCCGAUUUGAAUUAUACUCUUGUAAUAAAUGCAAAUAUCUUCCACCGUUGGACCAAUUGCCUUCUCUCAAAAUUAUCCAUUUGGAGAGAUUGGAUUGUUUAGAGCACAUAUCAGAUUCAGAGAGAGAUAACAGUGAUUCUUUAUUCUACCCAUCUUUGGAGAAACUCAAUAUUUUAUUUUGCUUUAAUUUAAAGGGAUGGUGGCGGGGAAGGAGGGAUUCUCUUCCUUCAUUUCCUCGUCUUUCCUACUUACAUAUUAGGAAUUGCCCUCAGCUGACUUCCUUUCCUUUGUUUCCAUAUAUUGAAGUUGAAAUAUUGAGCCUAUAUCAUUGUCGGUUGGAGUGUAAGGAUGCAAAUUUGAAAGAGAAACAAUGUCUUGAUAGGUUGGCCUUAAAUUGGGUAGAAGAAGACAUUAAUGAGACGGAUGUUGGUUACAAUGACAUGCCAAUGGAAGCCUGGCCAACGUAUAUAAAUCUCAAUGCACUGAGUUUAACGUGGGGCAGGGGAGUGAUACUUCCACAUUGGCUUAUGUCACUCACAAAUCUUGUCCAACUUCAAUUAUAUUCAUGUAAAAAAUGCCAAUAUCUUCCACCGGUGGACCAAUUACCUUCUCUCAAAAUUAUCCAUUUGUCCGAAUUGUAUUCUUUAGAGCACAUAUCAGAUUCAGAGAGGGAUAACAGUGAUUCUUUAUUCUACCCAUCUUUGGAGAAACUCACAAUUUGGGAUUGCCGUAAUUUAAAGGGAUGGUGGCGGGGAAGGAGGGAUUCUCUUCCUUCAUUUCCUCGUCUUUCCGACUUAACAAUUAUGGAUUGCCCUAAUCAGCUGACUUCCUUUCCUUUGUUUCCAUAUCUCGAAAGUUUGUGCCUAUGGAAUUGUAGCUUGAACUUGAAGCAGUCAUGGGAGAGGAAUCUACCAUCAAUCGCCUCUUCUUCUUCUUCUUCUACAAUUGUUGCCCCUCUCUCCAAAUUAAGUUACAUUAGCAUAAAAGAAACGGAAGAAGCUUUGCCAGAGGAGUGCCUACCAAAUCUCAUUUCUCUCCGUUCUCUACAUCUAGACAACUGUCCUCUUCCUCAAGGCAUUCGAAAUCUUACGGCACUUCAAUAUCUGUUUGUUGGGAACUCUGAGGUGGUUGAUUUAUCCAAUGAUUGGGAUGAGAUGGAAUGGCAAGGACUUACAACCCUUCUCUCUUUGCAAUUAUAUGAACUUCCGAAGUUGGUCUCUCUCCCAACGGGACUUCAAUAUGUCAGCUCUCUACAAUAUCUCCGUAUUGAGUAUUGUCAUAGUUUGAUAGCUAUACCGGAGGGGAUCUGCAAACUUAUAUCUCUUCAAUAUCUUUCAAUUUGGGCUUGCCCUAAUUUGGAAUUAUUGCCAGAAGGAAUCGGUGCCCUUACCUCUUUGCAAACACUACGAAUUUGGGAUUGCCCUAAAUUGGAAUCAUUGCCAGAAGGAUUCGGUGUCCUUACCUCUUUGCAAACACUAGAAAUUUGGGGUUGUCCCAUCUUAAUGAAAAGAUGCAAGAAGCAAAUCGGGGAAGAUUGGCAUAAAAUUUCUCACAUUCCUAAUUUGGAAGGAGAUCUGUCUCGGCAAGAAGAAGAGCCAGAUGAAGAAGAACCAUAGAAACCUGAUCAUAAGAAUUGGGACUUAAUUAAAGCUUUUGGGUGCUGCAAUUGUUCAACAACUCAACAACCCACUCACCGAGUCAAAAUUGGAGAAUUGAACCGGGUAACCAUGGCAUAGGAAUCAGCUCAUUCUACAGAAAUAUUCCAGUCAAGAUGAUUCCUUUUUUUUGAAGCUAUUUUUUCUAUGGAUAGUAGAAGUGGAAGGGAAGGAACUCAAAGCCGCCAGUGCUGAACCCUUGCCUGAUGGCUGCCGCGGUCUCCGCAUCCAUGGCUGGGAGAUUGAAACUCACAAGCUCUCCAUUCUCAACUCCUCCAACCUCCGGCUUUAUGGGAUAUGCGGAAUAUAAUGACACCAGUUAAAGAGUUCACGGGGCAUACUAAAGGUGUAAUUGUGAUGGCGUGGUGUCCCAUUGACAGUUCUUAUUUGAUUACCUGUGCCAAAGAUAGUCAAACUAUUCGUUGGGAUACCGUUUCUGGAGAGUUAUGGAAUUUGGCCUUCCUUAUCAUGGAUUGUUUCUGAACUGCCUACUGUUACCAACUGGAAUUUUGAUGUACACUGGUAUCCAAAGAUACCUGGGGUUAUAUCAGCAUCUUCAUUUGAUGGAAAAAUUGGAAUUUAUAACAUUGAGGGAACUUGUCUAAUAUGGUUUGGAAUGUGGAACAAAGUUUCUAUGAAAACCUGAUCUUGAAAUUCAGAAAGCACACUGCUAAAUUACCCAUGCUCAUUCGAUAUGGCGUUGGAGAGAAUGAGUUUGGUGCAGGUUUAUGUCCACACCUUAGUUACUGAAGACAGUUUGGUCAGUCGAUCGUCUGAAUUUGAAGCUGCAAUUCAAAAUGGGGAAAGGUCUUUGUUGAGAGUACUUUGUGAGAAAAAGUCACAAGAGACUGAAUCUGAGGAUGACCGAGAAACAUGGAACUUCUUGAAGGUUAUGUUUGAAGAUGAUGGGACAGCAAGGACAGAGCUGCCUCCUACCUGGGUUUCAGUGUACCUACUAAAGAGAAAGAUAGUGUCAAAGAUCUUUCCCAGGAAGUAAAAGCACUUGAACUUGAUGAUACCGUAACUGAGAAGGUUGGAUAUGGGGAUGAUAAAUAAGUUAACGUUUUCUCUACUGAUAAUGGGGAAGAUUUCUUUAACAAUCUUAGCCCAGCUGGAAUGCCUGUGUCUACCUCUCGUGGUGAAAACUUUGCUAUUGGAGAUACUGCCCCUGAUUCAGAACAAUUGCAACAAGAACCAGAUGGAUUUGAGGAAAGCACUGACCCAGCAUUUGAUGAUGUUGUCCAAAAUGCUUUAAUUGUUGGAGAUUACGAGGGGGCAGUUGCACAGUGCAUAUCUGCAAAUAAAAUGGCUGAUGCUUUAGUUAUUGCUAAUGUUGGUGGUGCAUCCUUGUGGGAGAGCACACGGGAUCAAUGCUUUAAGAUUAGCCGAUCACCUUACCUAAAGGUUGUUUCUGCAAUGCUGAACAAUGAUCUCUUGAGCCUUGUAAAUACAAGGCCACUGAAAUUCUGGAAAGAAACACUUGCUCUUCUCUGUAGUUUUGCACAGAGACAGGAAUGGACUAUGCUCUGUGACACACUUGCUUUGAAUCUCAUGACCGCUGGUAACACGUUGGCUGCUAUUCUUUGUUAUAUAUGUGCGGGAAAUAUUGAUAAAACAGUGGAAAUUUGAUCAAGGAGUCUUAGAACUGAGCACGAAGGGAAAUCCUAUGUUGAGCUUCUUCAGGAUUUGAUGGAAAAGACUAUUGUCCUUGCCUUGGCAACUGGGCAGAAGCGAUUUAGUGCAUCUUUGUGUAAGCUUGUUGAAAAAUAUGCUGAAAUUUUAGCAAGUCAAGGGCUUUUAACAACAGCAAUGGACUACCUUAAACUUUUGGGCUCUGAUGAAUUGUCAUCUGAACUUGUGAUCUUAAGGGAUCGAAUUGCACUUGCUACAGAACCUGAGGUAGGAUAGUCCUUCAUAAUCAUGGCCUCCACUUCUGACUCUGAUUUGUAUAAGCUUCUACUGGAUUAGUUACCCCUGCCUAUUUUGAUAGAACUUCAAGAUGUCUGGAUGAGAUUGUUAGGAGGAUUCGAGUCACCGCAUCCUAUGAGGACCCCAGUUGGAGUGGCAAGUUGCUUGAGACAUAUGACACUCAAACUGAUCAAUUCAGAAUUGCUUCAUGCUGCUGGCAAUGGGAAUAUCUGAUUGAACACCCAGAUUGGAGAGAAACCUUUCCUAGAAAACAACCACGAGUCUUCAAGAGGGCCGGGAUGGAAGAUGGAAAAGGUGCUGAUUGCAGUUAUGAAUUUCUUGGCACAACCUUUAUGAAAAACUCCAUAUGAAUAUUUCCAGCUUGGGUCGAAAUCAUAGUGAUUCUUCCAGGCACCUGAGAAACUUGCAUGUCUUUAGUUUGAAGAUGACAAAAUACAGUGACAAUUCUGUUUGUUGCACAAAAUAUAAUCUGAACUCUCAUCUUGUACUAGAUUAAAUAAAUUGGUGUGUUGUUUUUC